UUCUAGUGAAUUUAGUGUGGGUUAUUACAUCAUGUUUAUAAAUGUUUUAUAACGCCUGAAUUCAGCUCAACUUGUUGAUUUUAGAAUACAUAGCCAUGCCUGCGCGCGUGCACUUUUACAAAUUUUCAUUUAUUUUAAAUAGCACGUUGCUGUUCGCCGGUCGAUAUUUUAAAAACUAAUUUGUACAAACACAGACGAUUUAGUUUUACGAUUUGUUAACUCAUUUCGUUCGAUUAAAGCCCUAUUUUAUCGCCGGGUCGGAUUGGUUAUCCACAGACCGCCAUUACUCUACAUGUAGUGAGGAGAGUUUGGUAACACCGCGCGGUCACGAACAAUGUUUAGGUUUUAAAUUAAUAUUCGUAAUCAUGAUUAAGUGCACUGUGUUAGUUGUUUUAGAGUUUGUUUAUACUUUAGCUGGUAAUAAUGAUAUCAUAAGGUCCCACCCAGCAUGGAAGUUGCUACAACAGUUCGAGUGUGGAGAGAGUGCUGCGGACCGGAUCAUAGGCGGGUUCAACGCCGGACUCGGGCAAUUUCCAUGGAUAGCCCGUCUCGGGUAUACAAGUGAAGACGAGCCAGAUACAGACUGGAUGUGCGGCGGCGUGCUCAUCACCAACAGACAUGUGAUCACCGCCGCCCACUGCAUCACCGAGGAGGACUCUGGCUUAAAACUGUCCUUCAUUCGCCUAGGUGAACACAACACGGAGACAGACCCGGACUGUCAGCUUCACGUCUGCGCGCCGAAGGUCCAGGAUCGGAAGCCGAAGCUCAUCAGGCCCCACGCCAAUUUCAACAACCCUUCCUUCCAGAACGACAUCGCUAUCAUCACUUUGGACAGUCCUGUGCAGUUGCAUGAGUACGUGUCGCCAAUCUGCCUUCCAUUCAGUGACGAGCAACUAUCGCCGCUGCCCCUGGGUGAAAUGCUGACAGUGGCCGGCUGGGGCAAGAUGAACAUGACCACUGAAGAGCGUGCAAAGAUCUUGCAAUACGUCCAGAUACCAGUAGUGGAGAAGUCUGCAUGCAACCUGUUCGGAAAGGCGUUCAAGAUGACGGCUAUGCAGAUUUGUGCUGGCGCCAUUCAGAAUAAGGACGCGUGUGGAGGCGAUUCCGGAGGACCCGUUAUGAAGGUAUAUGACAACGACGAUGGACCAAAGAACUAUCUGAUCGGGGUGGUGUCUUUCGGCCCAACGAUUUGCGGCAUCAAGAAGCCAGGAGUCUACUCUUCAUCAGUGGAAUAUUUGAGAUGGAUUUUAGAUAACAUAAUGAGUACUUGAAUAAAUUUGAAUAUACUUUUUUUUAUUA